GCGCGCGCGCAGACUUCGGCGUCUACUUCCGGUGUGGCCCAGGCGGGGUCCGCAGAACCAGCUAUGUCGGCCUACGGCAUGCCCAUGUACAAGAGCGGCGACCUGGUGUUUGCCAAGUUAAAGGGCUAUGCCCACUGGCCGGCGAGGAUAGAGCACAUGACCCAGCCCAACCGCUACCAGGUGUUUUUCUUCGGGACCCACGAGACGGCCUUCCUGAGUCCCAAACGCCUGUUCCCGUACAAGGAGUGCAAGGAGAAGUUCGGCAAGCCCAACAAGAGGCGCGGCUUCAGCGAGGGGCUGUGGGAAAUCGAGAACAACCCCACGGUCCAGGCCUCCGACUGCCCAUUAGCCUCAGAGAAGGGCAGCGGAGACGGGCCUUGGCCAGAGCCCGAGCCCGCGGAGGGCGACGAGGACAAGCCGACCCACGCUGGUGACGGCGGCGACGAAUUGGGGAAGCCGGACGACGACAAGCCCACUGAGGAGGAGAAGGGGCCGCUGAAGAGGAGCGCGGGGGACCCGCCGGAGGACGCCCCCAAACGACCCAAGGAGGCAGCCCCCGACCAAGAGGAGAAGGAGGAGGAGGCGGAGGCGGAGGCGGAGGCGGCGGAGGCGGCGGAGGCGGAGGCGGCGGAGGCGGAGGCGGCGACGGCCGUCGACGAGGAGAGUCCGUUCCUCGUGGCGGUGGAGAACGGCAGCGCCCCUAGCGAGCCGGGCCUGGCCUGGGAGCCGCCUCAGCCAGAGGAGGAGGCGCUCCGGGAGGAAGAAGUCGCGGACGAGGAGGCCUCCCAGGAGUGGCAUGUCGAGGCACCGGGCGGCGGAGAUCGCGACAGCCUGUAGUUACCAGCGUUUCCAGAAGAGCCCCUGCCCCGUUCCUGCUGCGGCCUGGCCGUUCUUGGGGAAUCUGGCCACGGCCUGCAAACUGGGACUGCCUUUCCCUCUCCUCAGCCCGUCCUCCUCCAACCCGCGCUCCUUUGCCCUGCCGGGCCCCAGGAUGGCAGGCCACCUGACUCUCACCUCUGUGCCCCCACGCCUCUGUGAUCUGAGUCAGGGCCUCAGUUCCCUCCCUGGGAUAAAGUGAGGCCACCAUCCCAGCUUCCGGCUCCCUCUUCUCCCCCCUCUACCCGCCACCCCACCCCCACCCCACCCCCGCCCACUCGUUGCCUGAUUCCGUUUCCGACUUGGGGUUCAGGCAGGCUGUUUUCACCUCUAGACACCCCUCUCCACCCCUCCUGCUUCCCCAGGCAUUAUGAACCUCUGCUUAGGAAUAUGGGUAGGAGUGAAAGGCCUGGCAGAUAAAGAGCAGAGGGCACUUGCAGGGCCUGGGAUGAGCAGUCUUCAAGCUGUGGUAGUUAGCGGGCAGGAGAGCGACAUCUUCCUGAGCUCCUGUCCAUGCCUGCCAUACCUGCCAGCUUCAGACAUUUAGGGAAAAGGGGCAGCAUGUGAGGAAUGCCCCCCGCCCCUUCCACAAAUCCUUUUGCUGACCCAGGAAGUUCUGGGAGUUGCCGUUUUUCGUCAAAACAUUUGGGGGCUUCCAAGUUGUUUGUGAGAUCUGAAAACUUAACUUUGCCCAAUAUCCUGGUUGGGGACCGUGAGAAAUAUCUGUCCCAUUUAGAUCUCUGGGGCCACUGAUGGGAUGCCCUGGGAAGAUCCUUGGCUGCCGCUUUCUCUCCCCACAGCCUCAAGGCCACCCUACGGUCAUAUAUAUCACUCAGGCGUAGAAGAAAAGACACAUAUUUUAUAAAAUCUUUUUAAUAAAAGGAAGUUCCAAAAAAAAUUUUUAAGAACUACCCCUAGGUGUGCCUCCACGCUGGCCCUAGCUUUCCCAUUGCUGUUCCAUUGCUGAGACAAACUGGAAGGCUCCCUUUCUGUUUGAAGUUUUAUGACUUGUAGUCAGGCUUUGCUGUUCGUCACAGUGUCAUUUUCCAUUCAGGUACCAUCACCUGGUCCUAUCAACAGGUCUAGUAUGUAGCCCACUGAUAACAGAGGAAGAUGUGUCUCCUCCCACCCUCUUCCUAAUGGUCUUUAUGCCUUUCUCCAUCUAUUGUCUCUUUCACCCCUUCCCCUCUCCCUUGGGCUCUGGUGAAAAAUUGUUGACUGCAGUUUCAGAAGUUUGAUCUGAGAACCAACCAUAGAAUAUUUGAGUUCUAGGAAAUAAAACCAGUUGAUUAAAGCAAA